AAAUUCAAGGAAGCUGGAAUCUCAAAUACUGUCUCGCUGUGUGUUGCUCGUCAGACGACAGUGUACAGGUUUAUCAAUUAGAGCAAACUUUUGGGGCCUUGGGCUUUCUUCAUUUUCCAAGUUGGUCCAUCCUCCUCUGUCAGUACCUUUUCUUUUAAUCGCAGUGGUCUGCCCGGUCUCAAAGUUAAUGACGGUUGCUGACGGUGACUCUCUAGCGCUCAUCAUGCCUGUCCGAGCAGAGUGUUGCUGUACAACCGGCUCGGCCUGCCCAUCCUCGGCCUGUCUUGUCCCCCCUGCACCGAUAAACACCCACCAGCCGGGUGUAGCCACUUCCCUGUUGUAUAGCGGGUCACAGUUUCGCGGUUACCAGAGGAGCAAAGGCAAUUCCUACGACGUCGAGGUUGUUUUGCAGCAUGUGACUGUGGAGGACUCAUAUUUGUGUGGAUACCUGAAGAUCAAAGGCCUGACUGAGGAGUAUCCAACUCUUACAACAUUCUUUGCUGGUGAAAUCAUCAGCCGCAAAAGGCCUUUUUUAACUAGGAAGUGGGAUGCAGAUGAGGAUGUGGACAGAAAACACUGGGGAAAGUUCCAGGCUUUUUAUAAAUACGCCAAAAACUUUAACUCUGAUGAUUUUGAUUACAAUGCGCUGGAAAACAGUGAUUAUAUCUUCAUGAGGUGGAAGGAGCAGUUUCUAGUUCCAGACCACACCAUUAAAGACAUAAGUGGUGCGUCCUUCGCAGGCUUCUACUACAUUUGUUUUCAGAAGUCUACAGCCACUAUUGAGGGAUACUAUUAUCACAGGAGCUCAGAGUGGUACCAGUCUCUAAGCCUGAACCAUAUUCGGGAGCACAGUAUGCCCAUCUAUGAAUUUCGGUGACAUAAAGGAACGCUGUCUAAAGUUGGGGACAGUUCAUGCUGCUCUGUGCGUACUUGAGGCAGGAACAGUGGAGAGCCCUUUAAUGCCAGAACAUUGGAGGCGACCUCUUUUCCUCACUGGGGGAGAUUAAGUGGUCAAAUUGUCUUGUAAUGAACUGACAGAAAGAAAGCGCAGAUAAAGAGGGAGGAAGACGGAGAUCAGUGAGAUAUGUACAGUUUUGCUGCAGAGCUUAAGUUUGAAAUUUUAAUUUGUCCUUUUUCGGCCUGUUUUUAUUUCAAUUUUUUGCUAUCUGACGACCUUGCACUCUCAGAAUCUGUAUCCAUGUAAUUGGACAUCAACAUAGAUUCAUGCCUUUCAGUAAAGAGUUGCAAGGAAAUGAGUGACAAUUAUGAAAGAAAUUUUGUUCAGUAAAAGAUGAAUAUAUUUGUCUUAUGUUAAAUAUAAAUUAUCUUUGCAAGAUUGGUUUGAUUCCUUGUAGUGAUUACUUGUAGGUUUAUUGCCAAAAGAAUGCAGUGGAAGAAAGGGAGAGAAAGAGUUUACUUUUCGUACAAGAUCUAUGAGACAUGUAUGGUUAGCUGAUCACGGAUGGUGUGUAUUUUUCUUAUUUUAAAACAAUGUGCAAUUAGUUACUAAAACCCUCCAACGGGAUUUGACUUUGAGAGCAGGUAACUGACACUGCAGCUGCAGCUAAAGCAGAAAUCCUCAAUGUUGGAAAUGGCCUCAUCAAUAUUUUUAUUACAAGCCAAAGAUAAUUACCAGAAAGAAUUUGUCAUACCUGCAAAAUGUUUAUUAAAUCGCAAAUUCUGCUUUUAAGUUAGAAACAAAAGGUCUUAAUUUGUUUCAGAGGUUGUUUUUUUAAUUAUUAUAGACCAGUAGUUGAGGGUUCUGGGUGUUGAAAGUUUGUAUGGAACACAAAAACAGUGUUUUGAAUGUAAUAACCUUCAUACAGUAUCUUUUUGAGAAUAUAUAUAUAAAUAUAUAUAUAUAUAUAUAUAUAUAUUAUGCUUUUUCAUUCAUAAGAAAAACCUGUUGCCUUGCAAUUUUAAAUGACAUUUAUUUAAGACAAACAAUUGUGCUGAUAUUUUUAAUUAAUAUUUGUUUUUUUCAUCAUCUUGUUUGGAUUCUUAAAGGUUUUUCUGAACAGGGUUGAUGUAAAAGUUAUUUGUUAGAAAGUGCAUUUGGUUUCCCCUUGUUUUCCAUUGAUUAUAGACUUCCAGCACCUGUGGGGCUAAAGGGGUUGGCAUGGUGGGGGGUAUGUGGGGGCACAGGCCACUCCAGUAUAAGCAGUCAAAUUCUAACUAUGAUCUAUUGUUAACUGACUCUUAGCAGGGUAAAUCUUAAAUGUCCAAAUGCAAGUAAAGAUAGCAUGUAAUGUACUCGCUGAAUAUACACCCCUUCCGCGUGACAUGAACAUAUUUGCGCAGGCACAAACUUGUAUGCAUCUGUUGUCAGUUGUAUACAACAUAGCAGAGACAAGAAAUGGUUCUCAGUAAAAGAAAAGUAUGUUAAAAAAAAAAGUUUGGUUUGAGUAAAUCAUGUUUGAAUAGCUCUUCAGUGACCUCUGCAGCUAUAAAACAUGGCAUGGUAAGGAGUGCUGGACUAGGUAACAUCAAGAAGCUUAAGUUAAAAAUAAAUGCUUAUGGUAAUCAUGAUCUAUAAGAACAUGUUGACAAGAUGCAUCUGUAAACAUGCAUUUGAUCAAGAAUUUGAUCUGUUAUUUCUACAUCAGUAUCACUAAAUUCUUGAUCAUAAUGCAGCUUUUCUACAGGUUUAUCUUGCCAUUUGUCUACAUGGGCAAUAAUUUUUGUCCAGACUGGUAACAUUUUAUGAGAAUGUUGUAAUUCCAUUAAUUGAUGUAAUGACUGUGCUGAAGUAAUUUGGCCAAGAAACAAUAAACUGGUAAAACACCUGAUUGGGCUCAGAAAUGCUUUUCUAUCAUCAGUAAAGUAUCUUAAGUCUUUCUGAAAUAGUGAUACAGAGCAGGAUAAUCCUAAAUUAAAACAUAGUUAAUGAAGAAUUACUUUUGGGUGUUUGCUUUUACAAAGUUAAUUUACAUGAAAUGACCAAUUUAGUUGUAAUAAACAGUUAAUUAUUCUCUACAAUCCAGAUUUGAAUAUGCCGUCUGUUUCCCGAUCUGUGCCCCUGCCUGUCCCCUCAUCAGGAAGUUUCUAGACCCGCCCCUGGCAGUGUGAAAUCUGGAUUUGAUGGAUAGAUGUGGGAAAUGUUAGCACGAGUUUCUGUUGUUUUUUCCUGUUUUUAACUCAAGCAAAUGAAUAACUAUGUUAAAGGUUUUGAAAUUAUCUACUUCCCCCUUUUUUUCUUUGUUUUUUAAAG